GAUUGAGAAUGUCAGGGGACGGAUUGCUCUCUAGGUCGGAUCAGGAUCGGAUUCGAUCCUUUCUCCUGGAGCAGUUGAAACAGUUUGCUGAUGGUUUAGGACCGGAGAUAGGUUUAGCAGACCUGGAGAAAACUGGGGCCUACAAAGGACUUGCAGAUAAGGUUAAUUCUGGUUUAAUUGAGAGUUUUGAGUGUCUUGAGGAUUAUAAGAUUAUUACAGUUGUUUCUGCGCACAAUCCUGAUCUGAAGGCUGGAGGUUUGAGUCUAGCUGCAGUGUGGAGUGUACAGCAGGAUCUAGUAAUUAUCUCGGAGCAUCGUGUACAGGAGAAUAUUUUCUCCGUGUCAGCUCAUCUUGUCCGUAUGUCGGACUCGGAGAAUGACUCAGACUGAAAACCAGAAAAAAAGUUAUCGCUGAGCCAAAGCAAUGGGUUGUAAUCCAUACACAGGGGUCUGUGGAUUUCUUGUACGGGCGUUCAAAUGGUUGCCCGUGAUCCUGAUAUCCGCUAUAUUAGUUUGGUCUUAUUACGCAUACGUGGUACAUCUGUGUAUUCUGACAAUAUCAGAACCAUGGGUCAGAUAUAUCCUUCUAGUCCUUUACCAUAUACUCUUCAUACUCUUCCUCUGGUCUUACUGGAGAACGGUCUGGACUAAUCCAGGACCAGUACCUUCAAGAUUCAAAUUGACACGUGAUGAACUGGAGAACCUGGAGAGUACAGAGAGUGAUGUUGAACAAAGAAGAAUUCUUGAACAAGUUGUUAUAGACAAGGAUCUACCAGUAGCUAUGAGAACUAUUCAGGGUUCAGUAAGAUAUUGUGAUAGAUGUAGUAUUAUAAAACCAGACCGGGCACAUCACUGUUCAGUUUGUGGCACUUGUGUUCUGAAAAUGGAUCAUCACUGUCCUUGGGUGAACACCUGUGUAGCGUUCCUCAACUACAAGUUCUUUGUUCUAUUCUUGUUCUACGGGUUCAUCUACUGUAUCUUUAUCUCUUUGUCCGUUCUCAAAUACUUUCUACAGUUCUGGGCGAGAUCUUUCGAGUCAACAGGCCAGAGUAAGUUCCAUAUUCUGUUCUUGUUCUUUGUCUCCUCAAUGUUCAGUAUCAGUCUCUGUUCUCUUCUCUGCUAUCAUAUACAUCUUGUUCUCAAUAACAGAACUACGUUGGAAGCCUUCAGAUCUCCGGUAUUCAGACGAGGCCCAGAUAAGCUUGGUUUUAGUCUUGGUAAACUUGGAAACCUGCAGGAGGUCUUCGGAGACAAUUGGAAGACGAUAAUGCUGCCUAUGUUUACAAGUAUGGGAGACGGUUUAACCUUCCCGCAGAGAUUUACAGACCCGGAGCUGGGACGGAGAGAUAGCGAGGAAAGGUGGUCUGGGGAGGAGGAAAGAGCUCCUAUGCUCCGGAGAGAGGAGGAGAGGGAGGAGAGAAUCCGUCUGUCGGAGUCUGACUCUGAGGAGGAACUGCUCAGCAUGCAAACCGUCCUCACUUCUCCUGGAGCACAGCAGCAGCAGCAUACAACCAGCACCAGCUCUCUUAUCAUUAAAUCAUGAUCUGGGUAGUGUUUACUGUUUACACUCUUCAACCUUACUGACAGGAGUGCGUCUUCCCUCUCCUUAAACAUUGUACUUAUUCAGUUUGCAUUACAGACAGCACAGUACCAUCCUUAUUCCAAAGUGAUCUAACUUGCAUUUUCUAGCUACAUCUGUAGCCGGUAGAUAAACUAUAAAAUUAAUAGAUUUAGAUUUUAUUUUGAAAUUUGUUUAGUUUAAAUAAAAUAUGUUUGCGCACAGAAUCACGGAACACAUUUUUAUUCACGAUGACUGAUUUGAAUAAGAAAAAGUUUUGCUUGAGUAAUCCGCAUUCCACCUGCAGUAUUUCUUAACACAUUGAAUGAUUGAAGUAACAAUUUUCUUAUUACCUAACUUCACUUUUCUGUUUAAAUAAUACGCUUUACCGAUCCAACGCCUGUAAUUUUACGUAACAUGUUUCUAGUUAACUCGAAAACUAUUUGAAGCUCAAAUAACAUGUCAAUGAAAUGUAUUGUGAAGUGUGCAAACUAUCGGACUAUUUUUCAUGAAGGGGGGGGGGGUUGAGCAAAACUUUAACACUUUAUUUAAAAAUGGGAUUAUAAAUAAAUGAAAUGAAUUUGAGGAUUCCAAUUUUGUUGUAGUGCAUCAAGGUCUUCACAGGUCAAACUUACAUGUACAUUGUACAGUUUGAUCUGACAGGUUUCCGUGUACACCCAAAAUAUAUCCAUCACAUAUAGUUGUAAUAGUUAGGGAAUAUAAAUAUAUGUUGAACCGAUUCUUUUGUUUUAAAAAAAUAUGUAUUUUCUAACUUUUAUAAUCUUCAUGAGAAAAUCUUGUCCUAUAGAUUGCAUUUGACACACAAUAUGUCAAAUAUAUUAACUUUAAUUCAAACUCCAAAGAAGUAGAAAUUAAAAUACCUACAAGAGCUUAAACACAUUUUGCUGUUUGAUUUUCUAUCUCUGAUAUACAUCCUCGUCUUGUGUCUUGUGUCUUGAAUCUUAACAACUUUACCCUUCAAAUUCAGUAAAUAUGAUCGUAAAAUCCAAUUUAUAUAUUUUGUGAAACUGUCCUCUUCUAUAUCUCUAGUGGAGGAUGGUUUCACAAACUAGUGUCCAGUUUAGACUGCAUGUAUUUAUAAGAGAAUAAAUAUUUAUUAUCAUUGA